AAAAAAACUUACCUUUGAAUACUGAAUCUAAUAAAAAUGUUUCGUUGAAUAUUGAAAAUGAAGAUCUAAAUAAUAUAUCAUUAUUUUCCAAUAAUGCUUCUUUUAUUCACAAUAUCUCAGAUAUUGAUAUUUAUAAUAUAGAUAAAAAAGGGGAUGAAUAUCAAAAAACCACAAACAAUAAAGAAGAUCAAUACUGCUAUGCUCGUGGAUCACUCACUGAAAAAAUCAAAAAUGCUGUAUAUCAAGUCUUUGCACAGCACAACCUACCUACUAUUAAAUCAAUAGGCGGAUGGGCAAAAUGGAAGAAAUUAUCUAUGACUGAAUGGGCAUUUGAUCAUCUCGAUGAUCCAAUUGAUUCUCAAGAUCCUAGUGAAUAUUCUAAAACUUAUAUGGAAGCCAUAAUGGAAAAAGUAUUUCCUAAUGAAUCGCCUUCAAAUAAUUCAACAGCAUAUAUCAUGGCUGUUAUUUAUUUAUUCUUGGAUCCUCAUAGUGGUAUAGUAGAGAUGAAUGAAAGAAUAGUGAUACCAAAGAUGAUAAUUUAUUUAGAUGAAUUAAAUGAAAAUGUGGAAGAUUCAAAUUAG